AUGCCCAAAAUUGCGAUAAUCCAAGCUGGAACUGUGUUAUAUGACAAGGAGAGAACACUGGAGAAAGUGACGAAGUAUGUGAAAGAAGCCGCGAGCAACGGAGCAAACUUGGUUUUAUUUCCGGAAGCAUUCAUCGGAGGCUAUCCGAAAUGGAACAAUUUUGGGAUAACGAUGGGAACAAGGACUCCGGAGGGACGGAAAGAGUUCAAAAGGUGAGGAACGCCCAUGGAAUUGAGCAAGAACAGACCUUCAGAUACUUUGAGAAUGCGAUCGAAGAGAACGGGGAAGAGUCGAAGAUUCUGGAGACGUUGGCAGCUAAGAACAAUGUGCACGUGGUGAUUGGAGUGGUCGAAAAGGAAGCAUCCACUCUCUACUGCUCCGUUUUCUUCUAUUCGCCCGAAGGAUACCUCGGCAAGCAUCGGAAGCUUUUGCCGACGGCGCUGGAAAGAUGCGUGUGGGGCCAGGGGGACGGAUCGACGAUGCCAGUGUUCGGAACGAGUGUCGGAAAGAUCGGAGCCUGCAUCUGCUGGGAGAAUUACAUGCCGUUAUACAGAAUGACCCUGUACAACAAAGGUGAGCAGUUAGAGAGUCUGUGGAAUGAAAAAUGGUGAGGAUGUAUUCAGAAAUUCAAAUAUAUCUGGCACCGACAGUGGACGACAGAGAUGUGUGGCUAUCGACAAUGCGAACAAUUGCACUCGAGGGAAGAUGCUUCGUCGUUUCCGCAUGCCAGUACCUGAAGAGCUCGGCCUAUCCGGAAGACCAUCUUCUCCGGAAGGAGUAUGGAAAUGACACAGUGCUCAUUCGCGGAGGAUCCUGUGCAGUCGAUCCGUUGGGGACCGUGCUCGUGGAGCCAGAUUUCUCGCAGGAGACCGUCCGUUACACUGAAUUCGACCUCUCGGACAUUGCGCUGGGAAAGAUGGAUCUCGACGUCGUCGGCCAUUACAGCCGGCCAGAUGUGUUCCAGCUGACUGUGAAUGAAGCCCCGCUGAGUACAGUUGUGCACAAAUAG